AUGUUACCCAAGACUCGUCUGGGGAAGCGUUCCCCACUAGGGGCGUUGGUGUGUACCUCAUGCCCCUCCAUGGAGAGCACACUGGAGACAGGGGGUCACGUGGAACCUGAGGGGGGGGUGGGGAGCCCAACCAUGGGAUCACCAGGGCCCCAGCAUCUCAGCAGGUUCAACAACAAACUACUUCCUGGACAGAAGGUGAGGGAGACUGGAGGGGAGGGGUGGGAAAGUGAUGUAGGGAGGGGGGACAACGAUGGGGAAGAGAGGAGAGUUGGAGGGCGAAUGAGAGAAUGUGCUAGGAAGCCAAACGCAUACAACACAUACUUAAAGCAUAAGAAACUCUUUAUUCUAGUAUUUUUUUACCCUCAAAGGAUAUGACUGGGAAUCAUUGUGGGCUUUCAGGAUUACAUGACCAGCUACACACCUUUUUUAAAUGUAGCAUUUUUAUGUCAUGCUUGAGAGAACACAGACAAUCUGUCUGUCGCUCUCUAAUUCCAAUUCCAAUUCUGAUUGUUUGAAUGAAUUCCCUCUAUCUGUCCUCGAGGUAUCUCUCUCUCUCUUACUUUUAUAUCGGUCUCUCUCUUACUAGGCCUUUCCCUCUACUCUCCCCCUAGCUUAACACUAACCCUGACUUGUUCUUUUUGACUUGUUGUUGUACAUCUCUCUCUCACUCUGUCGUUGUACAGCACACUCUCUCUGUCGCUCUCUCUGUCGUUGUACAGCACACUCUCGCUCUCUCUCUCUCUGUCGUUGUACAGCUCUCUCUCUCUCUGUCGUUGUACAGCUCUCUCUCUCUGUCGCUCUCUCUGUCGUUGUACCACACACUCUCUCUGUCGCUCUCUCAGUCUCUUUCUCGCUCUCUCUCAACUCGAAGGGGUUUUAUUGGCAUGGGAAACAAAUGUUUACAUUGCCAAAGCAAGUAAAAUAAACUAAAGUGAGAUUUUUGUUUUACAACAUCAACAAAAAACUAUUAGAAAUUAACAGUAAACAUUGAACUCAAAGGUUUCAAAGAUAAAGACAUUUGAAGUGUUAUAUUAUCAGCUAUGUACAGUGUUUUAGCAAUGUGCAAAUAUAUGUAGUACGAAUAGUGGGAGAAGAUAAACAUAAGUAUUGGUGAUAUUUACAAUGUUUGUGCUCCUCUGGUUGCCGUUUUCUCAUGGCAAUGGGCCACAAAUCUUGCUGCUGUGAUUGCACAUUGUGGUAUUUCACCUAACAAAUAUGGGAGUUUAUCAAUGUUGGAUUUUGUUAUAGUGUGGACACUACAAAUAAUUCCUACUGAAUAUGUGGUGUACUUAACUGCAGUAUAGUAUUAUUACUAUUCAUCGGAGCAUUGUUAUUAUGGACGUUAAUGUUGAAUGUGACCUUUACCCAGAGUCGGUACAUUAUUAACGUGACACUACCUCAUGUUGAGUUGGGUAUAUCGCUCUCCUGCUUUCUACCGUUUGUAAAUGGCUGUACACCUUUAUUUUCUAGUUUGCAAUGAACAUUAAAACGCUUGUGGAUAUUCCUUGUCAAGUUACCACAUAUUUGUUUUCAAAUUAUUUGUGGGUCUGUGUGAUCUGAGGGAAAUAUGUGUCUGUGGUCAUACAGGUCAGGAAGUGCAGCUCAGUUUCCACCAAUUUUGUGGACAGUGGGCACAUCCUGUCUUCUCUAUGGAAGCCUCUCUCAAUAGCAAGGCUAUGCUCACUGAGUCUGUACAUAUUCAAGGAUGUUCAUAAUUUUGGGUCAGUCACAGUGGUCAGGUAUUCUGCCACUGUGUACUCUCUGUUUAGGACUCUCUCCGCCUCGCUCCCUCCAUCCUUGUACUUCCCUCCUUUUUCCUCCCUCCUCAAUUACACUUCUGUCGCUCCCUCCCUCCCUCUCUCUCUCUUUAGGUGUAUGUGUUGUGUGGAGGGCGUGAGUGCACAGGGGUAGUGGAGCAACACAACCAUGUGGAUAAUGAGGUGGCCAUCCUACUGCCUGCUCUGGGACAGCAUGUCCUGAGGAAACUAGAGGAUGUAUGGACCUGCCCCACAGUCCCUCCUCCACCUUCUACUAUGACGCAGGGCACAGGCAGACCACACCAAGUGUCCUCCUGCAUCGAUGUGCCCAGGAGGUAAGUGUAAUGUUGUGUGUGGGGGGGGGCAGGAUUUGUGUUAAUGGGAGCAGGGUAUGCAUGCCCCUGUCAGUGUGUGUGUCUGUCUCUGUGUGUCUGUACCUUAUCUCUCUCUCAAUGUACCUUAUCUUUCUCCCUGCUACAGGAGUCCAGAGUCGGUGGAAAUGGAUGAGAUGAUGGCAGCCCUGGUUCUGACCAGCCUGUCCUGCAGCCCUCUGGUUCAGAGCCCAACUCAGAGAGACACAGUCACAGGUAAUUCAAUGACAGAAUAAUUGAUUGAGUGAUAAGCUCUUGGUUAUAUUUUUCCUGUCCAGUUUUUUGUCAACCAUUGCAGCUCUAGUAAGGUGUGUGUGUGUAUGCCUGAGUUGGUAGAGCAUAAUGCUUGCAAACCAGGGUUGUAGGUUCGAUUCCCACGGGGGACCAGUACGAAAACGUAUGCACUAUAAGUGACCUCUGGAUAAAUGACGUGUGUGUGUGUGUACAGCAGGUUCUGCUGGUAUGGAGUGUGGAGGCGGGGAACUCUCAGACAGCAGCAGUAGUGGCUACUGGAGCUGUGACCAUGGCUACGGAAGCCCGGCCCCCUCUCCACCAAUCACAGAAACAGAGGGUCACAGCCUGGCCAUGCCCCCUGAUGAGGGAUUGGACAUGGAGCAGGUGCUGUUUGACGAGCCAACACCACGGAAACGCAGGGUGAGUAGGGUAGUCACGGAGACAGCCUUGCUAAAAUUGACCAAUGUGGCAAUAUGUGAAAGAAUUUACUGGCAAGCACAUCAGCUACUUGUUCUUAAUUUAAAGUUGAGUCAGUUCCAUCUACCUUGCUUACCUGUGAACUUGUUUCCUCUCAGAACUCAGUGAAGGUGGCCUACAGGUGUCUGUGGCCCAACUGUGGGAAGAUUCUGAAGUCUGUCGUCGGGAUUAAACGUCACAUCCGUACCCUGCACCUGGGGUAAGUGUCUAGGGAUGCGACUGAUCUUUGGUGCAAACAUGGAGGCGGUUGAAAUUAUAAGGUCUUAACUUUUAUUAUCAGAUGACGUGACAGUGCUUCUACUAGCAGUAAUAGUGGCACAAGAAAACAACUGUUACAUUAAUCUAUGCACUGUAUAUCCACGUGUUUUCCCUCAGCCAAAGCGGUGAGCAUGAGCGUUGCUCCUGCAGUGAGGAGGACUUCUACUACACAGAGAUCCAUCAGCGGGAGCCGCAGCCUCUCACCCCAGCUCUAGGGGUCUCCACCCCCACCCCCAUCCCUACCCCCAGCACCCCCUGGCCGGCCUGCACAUCCCCAUCCAGCCCCUCUCCCGCUGGCGUAGGACCAGGGGCUGGAGCUGGAGGAGUCUCCCCCACAGAAGUGAGCCCCCAGCUCAGCCAGUCUGCCCCCUCCACCCCGUGCUUCUUCUGGCAGGUCCACUCUGAGCACUCCUACCAGGUAGGCACUAGGACAACUGCCCUCCCUGCUAUUCAUGUCUACGUUAUCUCUGUUCUGCACUCUGGACAUGAAAAGUGGGAAAACACAUGUUUCUUGAGUUAAAUACAUAACAAGCAUGCUAUGAGCACCUAUUGCAAACUCUAUAUAUUUUUGAAUGUGGUUAUAUAGCCUAUUGUUUCAUAUUUUGCAUUCAUUGAUCCUACCUGAUCGCAACCAUUGAUCACUUUAUUUACCUCUGCAGGCUCCUGCUCCAGUCCAGGUGGUGGCGCCACCCGUCUCUGUCUCCACCUCCUACCGUUGGACCACACCCACCUCAACCUCCCAUCCAAGACAGGUAUGCUUGCCUGAUGCACUGGGUGGGUAGAGUUUGCACUUUGGGACCAAAGGACUUCCCGGCUGAGCUAAAACAAAUGUGCAUGGAGAGAAAUGUGUUGGUAAAGGAGCUGGACUACAGCAAUAAAAUGACAAUCAACGCAACCCUAACUGUAGAAUCCAAUAGGAGAAUCUCAAGGGAAAUUUCCUGUAGAUAAUUGAUUUAUAAACACUCAGUAAAGAAUAUACAGCACAACUGCUGUUCAUGUUUCAUGCUGUAUGUCCAGGUAUAUGCUAUUUUCACUGGUAGAAUUCUACAUUUUUGCCCUUUAAACACAGAAUCUCCAAGCAUUUUGAAUUCAUCACAUGCUUGCUUUUAAGUGUGCAAUUUGCAGAAACAUUUCCCCUACAGAGCCUUUGCCGGUAUGUGUUUGGGGAGUAGAAGUCAGUCCAUCAGGGAAAAAGAGCACUUAGAUUUAGUACCCUGUCUCCAGAGCAGCUCUACACUGCCAAUAGUGUCAUGGAUAUUUACCAGCUAAUCCCCUUGUUGAUUUGAUCAUAUUUUCUUUCCAUCGCUGAACUUGCCUGCCUUUGUCUUCACUGAUGCUACAACACUGCCACCUAUUGAUCUGUAGUAGGAACUGCUGGUCAUUUUUAUGUAACAACACAUGGACACUGGCAUGAUCAAGCCACUGCAGUAGUCUGCAGCAGUGCACACAAAGAAAUCAAAGCUGAUGCCCUUUCAGGAGUUAAUAUGGAUCGUUCAGUUUACUGUAAUCUAAAUACGCAUUGCAUGAAUGCUAAAAUAGUGGAUGAAGAUUUUCCUUGCUAAUUAAUCAGUGUUGUUUUGCUGGACUUUGCAGCAUUGUGAGAUGGCAACAUCAAAUGCAAUAUGUUCUCAUUUAUUUUAUUAGUUUAUUUGUCAUAGACCAUGCACAACAAAUGCAUUGAACCAGAUUGAUCUACACAGCUCAGUUCCCAUCUGCAGUAAAUAUGUGUAGUAUGGUAUUAUUGAAAUUAAUUUGUAUUUACUAAUUAUAAAUCUAUGUUCAAUUCAGUUGAGGGUUAUUUGUAUAAAAGUAGACAGAUUAGUUAGUCACUAACCACUUACCAAAAAACUGAGUUUACACUUAUUUAUAGUGGCUGUCCUUGUCUCCUCCCCUCAUCUGCAGAUCCUUUCCCAUCAGUGCAGGUAAAGGAGAGGAGACAUGGAGAAGAAGCCUUUUGAAAGGAUUGGAUUUGGCAUUCUGCUUUUCAUCACCCAUAACAAAGGCAGUCAUAAUGUGUAUGUUCUGUUGUUUUUCUAUGUACUGCAGCUCACCUGUGUUUCCCCCUCCGUCCACCAGGGUGAGUCGUUCCGUGUGAGGUCAGUCAGUGUGGGAGAACAGUGGCUGCAGCAGCACAGUCCCCCCAUCAGGCCACACCCUGUCAGCACCUCUCCCCCACGCAGCCACUGGUCCACAAGGUGAGAUACUAUACUAUAUUUUAGUAUACUAUUACUAAUGUAUCACUAUUGCUAACAUUUUAAUGCACAUCGUCCUUCAUAUCUGCCUCAGUCAGUCUGAGUCUAGUCAUUUCCCUUCUUGUCGCUCUCUGAUUUUCUGUAUCAUCCUCACUCUUAUCUAUGCAUCUCUUUACUUGUCUCUCUCUUCAUUUCCAUUCAUUACAUUUACUGUAAAUGAACUCAAUUGACUUUCUCCCUCCCUCUCUCUACAGGAGGAUCCGUGGCGAGGCGAAGAAGUGCCGUAAGGUGUACGGCAUCGAGCACCGGGACCAGUGGUGCACCGCCUGUCGCUGGAAGAAAGCCUGCCAGCGCUUCCUCGACUGA